AUGUCGGAUUCUGAAUCAGAUAAUGAACUUCAACUAUCAGCUCAUGCUCUUGCUGCAUUGCAGGAGUUCAAGAGUGAGGAGCAGAAGCGGGAGGAAGAGUUCCAAAGGCUGCUAAAUAAGGCCGAUGAAGACUUCGAAAGAAAGAAAAGAGAGGAAGGUAUGCGUCUCUUCAAAGAAGACUGGCAACUUUCCCAGUUUUGGUAUGACGAAGCAACUGCUGAUCUACUUGCAGAUGCAUUGUUAGACGGUGCUGAUGAAGACACUGUCAUUGCCAUUGUCAGUGCGCCAUCUGUGUACGCUGCUAUUUUGAGGAAACCGGAGUCCGAAAUUCCAACGAAGCAUAUCUACUUGUUUGAGUACGACAAAAGAUUUGCCUUAUUAGCAGGUGAGGACCACUUUUAUUACUAUGACUUUGCACAUCCUUUAGAUAUCGAUGAAAAGUUGCUUGGAAAGAUUAACAGAUUGCUCAUCGAUCCACCAUUUUUGAACGAACAUUGUCAAACCAACUUUUCGAUCACUGCUAAGGCGCUUCUCGCUCCAAACAAUGGUGAAAAGACUUCGAAGGGUGUUGAAAAGCACAGAAUCAUUACUAGUACCGGGGAAAGAAUGAGAGAUAUAGUGGCUAAGAUUUAUCCUGGGACCAAAAUGACAACAUUUUACCCUGGCCAUGCUAACGGUUUGAGUAACGAGUUCAGAUGUUAUGCUAACUUUGAGUGGUCUAAGUGGACCUUCUCUACGGAACCAUAA